ACGUAUUUUCACGUCUCGAAUUUCUUCUAUGUCUAUUCAAUCUUUCGUUAUCUACAGGUAUGCAUACGUUCUCGAUGAAACAUUACGUGGUAUAAUUUGAGCAUGACCAGGCAUGAUCGAUAUGAACGAAAGCAUGUUGUGAAACAGUCGAAGUGACAAUUUUAAUUCAUAUUAAAUUUACAGUUUACAUGUAUUUUCACAAUUGCUUUGAUUAUUAAUAAACAAGCCUGUAAAACAUCAUACUUGACAGAAUAUAAAAAAAUGAUUCAUAUUUAGUCAUAGGCUCAUUAAUUUUUAUCUAAUUACAUCAGUGUGUCAUCUUAUAUGAUAAAGUUUUGGUGUAUAGUGUCAUAUUAAAAUUUAUAAUGGCUUCAUUACUAGAAACUGAUAAAAUUUUAUGCACAGAUAUUACUGCUACCAAAUAUAAAUCAUCCGAUGUGAAAGUAUCAAAAACUAAAAUGUCUCUAAAUAAUUAUGUGGAAAAGAAAUAUAGCGAUAUAACUAAAUCUGCAAAUGAUAAAAGAGAAUAUAGAGGUUUAGUACUUACAAAUAAAAUGAAAGUUUUAUUAAUUAGCGAUCCAACAACUGAUAAAAGUGCUGCGUCUUUGAGUGUGAAUACUGGUUAUGCAAGUGAUCCAGAUGAUUUACCAGGCUUAGCACAUUUCUGUGAACAUAUGUUAUUCUUAGGGACAGAAAAAUAUCCAGAAGAAAAUGAUUAUACUAAAUAUUUAACACAGAAUGGUGGUUCAUACAAUGCAUCAACCAAUAUGGAUCAUACCAAUUAUUAUUUUGAUGUACAUUCAGAAAAGUUGGAGGGUGCAUUAGAUCGUUUUGCACAAUUUUUUAUUGCACCUAUUUUCACAGAAACUUUAACUGAAUUAGAAUUAAAUGCUAUUAAUUCAGAACAUGAAAAGAAUUUAGCGAAUGAUACAUGGCGUAUUGAUCAAUUAGAAAAAUCGUCUGCUAAUCCCAAUCACCCUUUUUCAAAGUUUGGUAGUGGCAAUAAAGAAACAUUAGACAUAAUCCCAAAACAAAAAGGAAUAAAUCUUAGAGAAAGUCUAUUAGAAUUUUACAACAAGCAUUAUUCUGCCAAUCUUAUGGCUUUAUGUGUACUUGGCAAAGAGAGUUUAGAUGAACUUGAACAAAUGGUAGUGGAGUUAUUUUCUCAAGUAGAGAACAAGGAAGCUGAAUUGCUUGUAUGGCCAGAACAUCCUUUUAGCGAAGAGCACUUUAAAACCAAGUGGUAUAUUGUACCUAUAAGAGACAUGAGAAAUUUGUGUAUUAUAUUUCCUCUACCUGACUUACAAGAACAUUACAAAGCAUCGCCUACAUAUUACAUUUCACAUUUAUUAGGACAUGAAGGAGAAGGGUCACUGUUGUCUGCUUUGAAAGAAAGAGGGUGGUGUAAUACACUAGGAUCAGGAAACCGAUUAAAUGCUAGAGGUUUUCAGUUUUUUGUUGUUUAUAUCGAAUUAACAGAAGAAGGUAUUCAACAUGUUGAUGAUAUUGUUCUGUUAACUUUCCAAUAUAUUAACAUGCUAAAAAAACAUGGACCAAUUGAAUGGAUUUACAAUGAAUAUAGAGACAUUGCAAAGAUGAACUUUAGAUUCAAAGAGAAAUCGUCCCCUUCAGAUUAUGUUACUAACGUAGUACAUAUAUUGAAAGAUUAUCCAAUGGAAGAUGUUUUAAUAGUUAACAAUCUUUUUCCAUUAUGGAAACCGGAAUUAAUUGAAUGGGUGACAGAAUAUUUAAAGCCAGAAAAUGUAAGAAUUCAUGUAAUUGGAAAAUUAUAUGAAAGUAUCGCAGAUGAAACUGAAAAAUGGUAUGGUACCAAAUUUAAAAAAGAAAAAAUACCGCAAUAUAUAAUCGAUACAUGGAUUAAUGCUGGUUUAAAUUCCGACUUACAACUACCGCCGAAAAAUGAGUUUAUAGCAGAAAAUGUUGACAUAAAGCCAGCAGAAGAUAAUGUAACCAAGUUUCCAGUAAUCAUAGAAGAUACUCCGUUAAUAAGAUUAUGGUUUAAACAAGAUGAUGAAUUUUUGUUACCUAAAGCUAAUUUAUCUAUGGAUUUUACUUGCCCGCUGGUAUACAUGGAUCCUCUUAACUAUAAUUUAUCUUGUAUGUUUGUACUACUGUUUCGAGACGCUUUAAAUGAAUAUUCGUAUGCUGCUAAUAUAGCUGGCUUGAAAUGGGAACUUAUCAAUAGCAAAUACGGAAUUACAUUAGGUAUUGGUGGUUAUAAUGAUAAGCAGCAUAUAUUACUAGAAAAAAUUAUAGAUAAAAUGGUUAAUUUUAAAGUUGAUCCGAAACGGUUUGAAAUUUGGAAAGAAAAUCAUAUUAGAAGUCUUAAAAAUUUUGAAACUGAACAGCCAUAUCAACAUGCUGUUUAUUAUCUAGCCGUUUUAUUAUCUGAACAAGUUUGGAUGAAGGAUGAAUUACUACAAGCAACUUCGCAAUUAACGGCUGAGAGACUUCAACAAUUUAUCCCACAAUUUUUAAGCCAAAUUCAUAUAGAAUGUUUAAUACAUGGUAAUAUGACAAUGUCGGAAGCUAUUGAUACAGUCAGAAAAAUAGAAUCAAAAUUAACAACCACAUUUCCUCAUGUAACACCUCUUUUACCAAGGCAGUUGAUUUUAUAUCGUGAAAUCAAAUUAGAAGAUGGUCAUCACUUCUUGUUCGAAGUACAAAAUAAAUUUCAUUCAAGUUCAUGUACGCAAGUUUAUUUUCAAACUGGCUUACAGUCAACAGAGUCAAAUAUGUUACUAGAACUUUUAGCACAACUUAUAUCAGAACCGUGUUUUACCAUAUUGAGAACUAAAGAACAAUUAGGAUAUAUUGUAUAUAGUGGAGUUCGAAGAACAAAUGGUGCACAAGGUUUAAGAAUUAUAGUUCAAAGUGAUAGAGAUCCUAAAUAUGUUGAACAGAAAAUUAAUUCAUUUUUGAAUUCUAUGUUGCAACACAUAUCAUCAAUGUCAGAUGAAGAAUUCGAAAGACAUAAAGAAUCAUUGGCAGUACGGCGUCUGGAAAAACCUAAAAAGAUUACUACUUUAUCUGCAAUUUUUUGGAAUGAAAUUUCAAUACAGCAAUAUAAUUUUGAUCGAGCAAAUAUAGAAGUUGCAUAUUUAAGAACUAUUACAAGAGAGCAAAUACUAAAGUUUUAUGAAGAAAUGUUACAAAGCGAUAUUCAACAUAAAUUAUCAGUACAUGUAAUUUCUACAGUAAAGGUCUCGGAAUCAGUAGAAAAUGACAUAAUGGAAUCUAAUGAAGAUACUUCACCUUCAGAUGCAGAAAAUGCUACUGAGUAUAAAAAGAUUGAUGAUAUUAUAUCGUUCAAAAUUAGUCAGUCUCUAUAUCCGUUACUGAAACCAUUCAGUGAUAUUCCAAGAAAAGGGGCCCAUUCAUCAAAAUUAUAAAGUGCCUAAUAAUAACUGUGAAUACAUUGUUUUAUAAUGCACCUAUAAAUUAUAGUAAAUAUGAAGCAAAUAAAUAGUAGUACCGUGUUA